GCGGUGGGUUGUGGGAAACACAGUUAGUGCCACAUAUCCGUUUCAGAGGAAGGCGAGUUUACGAUCUCACGAUAGAAUAGAAGCCGAGCACCAAACCUGCACUGGGGACUUCUAGGGGCUCUCCAUCAAAUGGUUUCCCUUUCUGGCUUCCCGUUUCCUUGGAUAGCUGAAUCUGGACAUAGUCGUGAGCAUUGGAAUGUUUUCCGGUUGAGGAACUUUGAUUAAGCUGAUUUGUAAAAUGUAUAGUAGAUGGUUAAACGCUGUCUAGCUUUGUUAGCUAAGCUAACAACUAAAUUCCAGUCACAUAUACACGGUUAGUAAGUAGCCUGUAGGUGCAAUUCCUGAGCUCCGGUUUUUUCUGCAAAAAAAGUAUUUUUUUUUUGCAGGUUUCGGUUGCUCUCUAACAGACUGGAAUAAUAUGUGAUGUUCAUGGAGCUCGUUACGGGCACCUUACAGUUGCAGUACCAUAACAUGGGAAAAAAUACUUCUAACUUUUUGGGAGCGCAUGUUUUUAGCUGUCAGUCAUUGAAUGGGGAACACACAGGAUGAGACGAACUGCCUUCAUCGACGAUGUCGCUCACCUUCUUAGGAAAGUACUGUAGGAUGCCAGGUCAUUUAUCAUAAGCGUGUUGCGCUACGGACCAUUUCCCCAAGCAUGUCUGACACGGAGAGCUCCGGGUUUUUUUUUGGCUUGGGAGAUCCAAUGUGGCUCUGCAUGGUCACACUUUUUAUUGCAUCGUUGGUUACGUUACUGUUGUACCUAGUGCAAUAUGUCCAACACGGUUAUCUAGCGAUCGUACCGAGACCGGCGCAAAACAAUGCGUCAAAGGAGGAAGCGGACGCACUGUUGGAAUGGAUGCUGUCAUUGCAAAGCUGGAAAAGUCAAUGGAAAGAAGCUUGGUGCAGGGCGCUAAACAACGAGUCACGGAGGUCUGGGGGUAAUUUGUUGUCAUUUGACGAGGAUGGCCUCCAUUCAUCCGACCUGGUGGUCAGUCAAGUCUGUAGCUUCCAGAAGUCUUCUGGACACAAGACCGCUCGCUGCAAGCUGGUGGGGGACAAGCUUCAGUUCAGCCUCAAUACAAAGUCCCCGUCCUCGGCAGAACCACGCCCAUACACCGUUGAGAUCGCUCCCCUCCAGAUACAGCUGGACCUUGACCUCCAGGAGGCCGGUGAGCAGGUCAAGGUGGGAUGGGGCGUGUCCUACAUGGACACACGGGACCUACGGCUCACCCCGAGCCUCACCCAGGACAACGGCACGUCCCCUGGCGUUGGCGAGCUGAAGGACCGGAUCAGGAGGCUGCUGUGUGCCGCACGGCCCUCCGUGUCGCUGAGCUGCAGGCCCGCUCAGCUCCCGGGGCUCAAGGAGUCAUGCAGCAAGGUGUUGUCCCCCCCCAAACCACCACGGGCACACGAAUGGAAGCUGCUGGUCAAGAACUUCCGGGUCACUCUAAAUCAGGACGGAGCAUCUGCAGGCAGCAUGAAUCCUGUGUGCGUCAUGCAGAUGGACGACCCUCCACAAAGGUUCUCUACCUCGGUCCAGAAGAACUCCACCUCGCCCUCCUGGGACCAGCCUUUCAUAUUUGAGCUGAAUGGGCGUUCGAAAGAGCUCAACAUCCAGCUACUGAAUGAUGGGCAACCUCAAGAGGAUUCUUUACUAGGUCAGGUGUCUGUGCCUUUCCAUCUGGCCAAGAUGCAACCCAAAGGACAGCAAACAUUUGCACUCAUGACCAAAGACCAAGUGACUGGAUCACUGACUACUGAGUUUACCUACCUGGAGCCCAGCGAGGUGCGCACCUGGCUGCCCCCCACCCCGGCCCCCACCAAGCGGGUGGAGAUGGACCGCACGGUGAUGCCCUGCGGCACGGUGGUCACCACCAUCACGGCGGUGAAGAGCAAGCCGGGCCGAGCGCUCUCCACCUCCAUCAGCACAGAGUCCACCCAGAAGGCCACGCCCACAAAGUCCAAGCUGUCGGAGCGCCGCGUCUCUGAGCUGCCGGUGGCGGGGUCGGCGGGCGCCAUGGUGAACAAGACGCUGUCGUCGUCGGACACGGAGCUGCUCAUGCUCAACGGCACGGACCCGGUGGCUGAGGCCGCCAUCCGCCAGCUGCACCAGUCCGCCAAGCAGAAGCUCAAGUCCCCGGUCAAGAAGAGCACCAUCAUCAUAUCCGGCAUCACCAAGGCCCCCCUGUCCCAGGACGACGAGCUGGCCCUGAUGGCGGACUACGCCGCCGCCAUGGACGCCUCCAUGUCUGAGGGCAGCUCCAGCCAGGACAUGACGGUCGCCAUCGCCUCUGGCUCCAGCAGCCCUCCGCCUCUGUCUGAGGCCCAGGCGCCCGGCCCCGGUGCACUGGGGCGCCCCCCGCAGGACUGGGAGAGCCAGGCGGGCGACGAGAUGGAGAACCUGUCCCUGUCCAUGUGUGUGUCCGAGGCCAGCUGCAAGAAGAGCAGAGGAAGCUUCCUCCAGAAGAGCGCCAAGCUGUUCUUCCGCCGGCGGCACCAGCGCAAGGAGCCGGGGAUGAGCCAGUCCCAUAACGACCUGGUGUACCUGGAGCAGCCGGCGGCGGUGGACCGCGCCCGCCACACCGCCACGCUCAGCCGCAUGCGCAGCAAGCUGCUCCCCAAGCACAAGAGCAAAGCCAACGGUUCUACCUCGCCGCCGGGUGGGCCUACGCAGUGACCCCCCCCACACACAGUCCAUGCCCGCUACAGCACCGCUACUCCAAAGCCCACCGCGACUUUACAGCCCCCCCUCCCCCCGUUCACUAUCAGCGCCUCAACCUUGACCUCCCCUACCCCUCCCCGCUCUGUGCGCUCCACGCGCCGGGAUAGAGAUGUGUUUUUGAACAUAGCGGACAUGAAUAUUUUGGGAAUGAAUGCGAUCGCUUCCGUCGACGGAUGACGGAGGGCGUGUCUGGCAUAUGGCAACAGGGCCGACAGAACAGAUUGUCCCAAAAUACAUUUUGAGAGCGCCCCAUGCAGAGUCAAUGAGAUCCGUCGACGGACGUAUACAGUGUGAAGGCGGUGUUAUUAAGCAUCCCACCCCCCCACCACCAAUCCACUCCACCCUGCUGAAGUACCCUUCCUAAACCCAGCCUUGUGGACAUGGCGCAAAGAGAGACAGACAGGCGAUGCAUGGUUUGGUCGACCCCGUCUUGCGAAGAGGGUCUUGAGAUUCAUGGAAAUGCAGAAGCGUAGUCUUAUGCAUGUUUGAUUUUAUUUGGACCGUAUGCAACGACGACAAGUCAUCUUUUAGCAGUUCAGCGGCCUUGUGCUACGCAAAAUGGCGGAUGUGCACGUCUUCACUGUGUACCCUACUGACUCCGGAGGGUUGAAAUAAUCGUGAUUCUCACGGGCAUCAGGCUAUUGUAGGCCAGUGACGAGGAGUGGGUAUGAUUUGCACAUCAGUUAUGACUUUUUUUUUUGUCAUUCAUGAACUUGAUGUACGAGUGCAAUGGUGAAAGAGACUCUUAUUAGUUGGAAAUGUUUUGCUCAUAUUCACCUAGUGAUUUUAUGUGUAAAUGGGGCAUAAAGGGAGACCGUUGACUCGUUCUUUUAUUGCAAGAUAAGGAGAAAAUUAUCGUAAUGAAAUAAUCUCAAACACUAGUUGUGUUGGCAUUUUAUGAAAUAAGGAAUUCAAGUACAUGAAUAUCAGAUUGUACUGCUUGAUUGUUAAUGUGGCAAAUUCCAUAUGUGAUACAAUAUAAGAACAUUUAAAAAAGAUGAUAACUAUUGAAACCUGAGCAGCAAGGACUAAUAUUAAACCUUUAUCCGAAUUCAUAAUUAUUCAUUAAUUAUUCAUGGGCAUGGUCUAAGAUAUUUUGCAAUAUUGAUGAGUCGUAAAAGUCACCCAAGAACUUUAAUACAAAAAAAAAGCGUAAUUGCGAUGAAAUUGUUACUGUUUCUUACUGUGGGGAAUAUCGCAGUGUGUCUGUCAUUGUCAUUUGAAUGUUUUAUUUCUUAUUUGCGGUGUUUUCAAAAUGGUUAUCCACUUCUUUAGUCUUCCAGGAUGCUCUCUCGGACACUACUCUUGUAGAUGGGUUUUUCGGUGUGUCAAAGGGAACCAAACAGGCCAGAAUGGAGACUUUGACACUACUCUUAAGCCAUACAAAAUGCAGUGCUUGUUAAUGAAACCGGUUCUGUGCUCAUUUGGAUUGUGUAUAUUUCCAUUGAUUUGAAAUGUCAAUUUCUUUGAAUAUGUGUUUUUCUUUCUUUAUAAAACAAUUGUAUCGUGGCUUUGAACGAGCAUCGAUAGUGAUCGUUUUUUGGUAACAGUUGAACGGUUUUUUAUUUUGAUUGUUUUUAACCCAGCUAAUGAAUGUAUUCGUUUCGUGGACAUCUCGUCGAACGAUGUUCUUCAAGAAAAUCUGUUACUUCUAACUACUGUCCGUCCCGUUUUCUCCAACGGGACCACACGUUUGACUGGGAGCGACGGCCGAUGCGCCACAACAGACAAAAGCGGGAUGCUCCUCGAUGUCAAAAGGAUGUUCCGCUUGGUUCAAUUCAGGGGAAGCUGGAGCUCACCCCUCCGUGCCCGAGCUCUAUGGACACUGUAUGGACUGGACCUGAAUUAACGCGUUUGAUCGGCCAGCGCUCUUUCCUCACAAUCUGAGACUUCUUAUUAAGAAGGCCGGGAACAUAAUCAGAAACCUGACUCAGACUGAUAACGUCUGCCUGCCAGGACGUUGUGGCCCAAACGUGCCUGUCGUUCAAGGUGGCCUAUUCCGCAGACAUGUUUGUUUUCCUUUUUUCUUAUCGUACCAAAAGAGGCAUUUACAAGGGACUGCUGCCCAACCAAAGCAAAUCCUCUUUACAGUGUGGGUGACUUUUUUUUUUGUUACUAAACUAAGGUCCUAAUUUAUAGCAAAGUAGCGGGGUGAUUACGAUUAUGCUAUUACCAACAUUAAGGAUUAAAGAAUGGAGAAAUAAAUGGGUUGCUUUAUACAUGCAAACUUUCAUUGUCCCUUAGGAAAUGGCAGCCUGUAAGCUAUGCAAUUGUAAUACAUUCAAGCAAUGAGCUUUUAUGUGAUUAAUAAACUUCCUUCCCAUAAUUAACAUGUUAUUGUAUUGUAUUUAUAUUCAGCAAUAAACAUUGACUCAAGAA